AUGUCUCUCAGCAUGCAGACCAGUAACAGGGUUUUUCGGACCGUCAAGACCAUCUCGAGACAUUCUCCACGCGCAUUGUCUCGCCGUGCCCAUACCAUAGCGUUCUCUCCUCCACUGAAAUCCCACGAUCCAUUCCCAUCGUUGUUGAAGUCCAGCACACGACCUACACCCACAGUCCUGACGACAUCUGUGUCUCGAGAUUGUAAUGUCCACAAGAGGCGGAGAUAUUCUUCCCAAGCACACGCGGCCACGCCAGGGGCCGAUACACUCUGGGAUGCGCAGGCACCAACGCGAGGGGAGGGUGUACAACAACACAAUGAGACAAGACCGGUCCGAAGAUACGACCGCAGAAGUGACAGACUGGGACAAUAUGAGGAUGGAGGGAUGGUUGUGAUCUCGUCCAAGGGUCAUUUUCGAGACAGGCAUGGUCGACCAUGGUCAAAAUCAUCCGAGGAGGGAAUUGCCAAUAGGACAGAAGACGCGGGUGUGGGUAUUGGUCCUGUAUCAAAGCCCAGAAGGAAACCGCGCCUACAGCUGCGAGACUUGAAUGUGAAGCCGAAGAAGAAACUAGAGCCAUGGCAGGCCCAAAAGGCUACUCUCUCAAGGAAAUUUGGUGAUGACGGAUGGAAUCCGCGCAAGAAACUCUCGCCUGAUGCCAUGGAUGGGAUCCGUGCUCUGCACGAAGAAGAUCCGGAGCGGUGGUCGACACCUCUUCUUGCAGAACAUUUCAGGGUAUCUCCAGAGGCGAUCCGGAGGAUAUUGAAGAGCAAAUGGCGGCCGAGAGACGAGGAGGAGAUGCAGAAAAGGAGGGAAAGAUGGGCGAAACGAUACGAUCGAAUCUGGGAUCAUCAGGCAGAGCUUGGGUUGAGGCCACAGAGAGUAAAGGACAGGGAGGUCGAGGACCCCGACGCCUUUGAUGAGGAACUGAGAGCGAGGGAGAUUCUGGACAAUGCACGCAAGGCUUGA